GGUUUCACCACCACGCCUCCUUAUGAUCCGUCACACCGAUAUAAAUCUCUCCUCCUCAGCUUUCUGCUUCAGCUUAGGAUCCGAGCUGAACCCAAAUAAACCGAAAGGAACAAGAGCAGUGGAAAAGUUUUAUUUUAUUUAUUUAACUGGUAAAUAUUACCAGGUUUUUAAUUUUUGUAAAAAUGGCAAAGGAUUCUCCCGUGUCCUCUCUGGAUCAGAUCGAUUUCUGUUCUCUGAAGGACCCUGAGGGGAUCUUCGAACUAGUGCAGAUGGUGGGAAGCGGCUCAUACGGGCAAGUGUUUAAGGGUGUACAUGUUAAAUCAGGACAGCUUACUGCUAUUAAAGUCAUCAAUACGAUGAGGGCGAAUCAGGAGGAGCUGAAGUCUGAGAUGAACCUGCUGAAGACGCAGUCGCACCAUCGCAACAUCGCAACCUUCUACGGAGCGUUCAUCAAGAAAGGCACGCCUGUCCUGGGAGACCAGCUGUGGUUGGUGAUGGAGUUCUGCGGCGGCGGUUCUGUCUCGGAUCUGAUUCACAGCAGGAAUGAAAAGUGUGUAAAUGAGGACUGGACGGCGUACAUCAGUGGAGAAAUCCUCAAGGGUCUGGCUCACCUCCACAAAUAUAAAAUCAUCCACAGAGACAUUAAAGGCCAAAACGUGCUGCUGACCCAAAACGCUGACGUGAAACUGGUGGACUUUGGUGUGAGUGCACAGUUGGACAACACCCUGUGUAAGCACACAUUUAUCGGGACUCCACACUGGAUGGCGCCGGAAGUCAUUAACUGUCAAGAAAAUCCUGAUGGUGCCUACAGCUGUAAGAGUGAUGUGUGGUCGUUGGGCAUCACAGCCCUCGAGAUGGCAGAAGGAAAACCUCCUCUGAGCGAUGUGCACCCCCUUAAGGCAAUGCUCAUGGUAGUGCAAAGUGAACCUCUGAUACUAAAUCUGGGCAAAUGGACACAGAAUUUCCAGUCAUUUAUCAAGGGGUGCCUGGUGAAGGAUCACACACAGCGUCCGAGCGCCAAUGACCUGCUGCAGCAUGCAUUCAUUUCCAACAUCCAAAAACAGAUCCGCGGCAUCCGGCAUGAGAUUGAAGCACACAUGAAGAAGCAGAAAGAAGAGAAAAAUCAAGUUGAAAAAAGAAGAGAAGCUCAACCCAAGGACAAAGACAGUGUUCAGGCCGGGUCACCUCCGAGGCACGGUGGUCUGGGUCCACAGAUGCCUAAUCAGGAGGAUGAGGAGAGUCUAAGGAGAAAGCAGCAAGAAAGAGAUUACAUUAAGUCUGAAAUGUGGCGACAAUACAAAAUACUACUACACAAACAUCAAAAACAACAACAACAUCAGCAACAGCAGAACUCCCCAGGGUUUUAUCAACAAGACCUGGUCAUCACUGAUAAUCUGGCUCUGGACAAACAGAACUUUCACAUCAACCAUCCACAUGAUCACAAGGUUCAUCCUCCCUCACCCAACCUGCCGAAGAGUAAAGUCGCUAAUCCCUUGCCCUCAAAAGUCAAGUGCUGCUAUUCUGCUCAGCCUCAGAAGCAGCAUCAACACAGCAGAUCUCCCUCUAUCCCACUCCCCAUGCCUCAGAUCUGCGUCUCACCACAGGAUGAAAUUACCAGAAAACUGAGACACAAAAGCCCAGAUUCAGCAAAGUGCAAUUUGAGGAAUUACAAUUCAGGGAACGCUGAUUCGGCUCAUGAAAGUCGCUCGGCCUCGCACUCGCCCUGCCGGAAAGGAGAACGAGAUGAAGAUGGGAACCGCCUGCGAAAAGGUAUGCUGACAAUGUUCAGCAGUCAGGAGUGCUUGGUGAAAUUUGGACGAAUCGAUUUAGCUAGUUCCGCUCCUGAAUGCUCACUUAGACAAAUGAUGGCCUCUCGAGAGCGCCGCUUGUAUUCCGCGUCUAGUGGAAACCUCCUUGGUGUUCCUCAGCACCAUCUCCUUCCAUCUAUGAACUAUUUGGAGGAAAAGGAAAACAAUAAUAGAGGCAGGUGCUAUUCUUCACAAAAUGAUAUGGACUCGAUAUGGCCUGAUGCUCCACAGAAAAUGAAACAUGGUAUUGUUAAAUUAGUGAAAGCGGUUGCUAGCAACAUGGGCCUUUCUCCUCGUGCAUCACCACAUCAUAGUCCAGCUUCUUCUAGAUCUGCCUCUCCAAGCAGCGACAGCCCUACACCUUCGUCUCCCUACGGUUCCCCCUUUAGUCCGUCUGUAGAAUGGCCUGAUAGAUUUAGUUAAGCACACACGUUUCCCUGUAUUUUCUGUGUAAAUAACACAAUUUUCUCAAGACUAUGUUGACAUUAAUACUUGGAUAUAGUUACCUGGUAGCAUCUUUUGCUUAAAAAAAACAAACAAAAGCUUCCAAAUGGCGUAUUUAUUUGUUGGCCUAGCCAGUUUUUUUUGUCAGUUUUUACUAGAUUGAUGUAGAUACUUUCAUACUUUCAGUUUUCUUAAUAAGUGUUUACCAGAAUGCUAACAUCAUUGCUAACACUGCUUAGCUUCACCAAUGUGCUUAUUGUACACUUUCUAACCUUUUAUCACAAUUUAUACUGUAAUCACUGUUUCAUUCACUGGUCAAUGUUAACACCUGAUGAAUUAAUAUAUAUAUAUAUAUAUAAUUAUUACUAUUUCAGAAGAAGGAAUACAGCUAUAUCAAUCACAUCAGAACAGGGUUUGGGAUUAUUUUCAUUUAUUCUGGGAGUGAUAUGUACAAGUCAUUAUAUGUUUACUAUUUUGUGUUUUUUAAAUUUAUUUUCUAGAACCAGUUUUGUAUAAUGCAACUACUAACUGUGAAUUUGUAUUUGGACUACGAUGCUGUAUUAUUCACCGUUGAAUUGUGCUGAACUUAAAUAUGAAUAAAGUGUUCGUUGAAUAAAAUAUCAUUAUUUCUGAAUGGGUAAAAUGCACGUUGCAGCUCAGACUCCUCC